CAAUUUACCUUUUCUUUCAAGAGUAUCAUAUGUUUAAUUUUGCUUUUGGUUGUUUACUAAUUAUUUAUUAAGUUAUGUGAUUUUGUUUAUUGUUUUUGUUUAUGUUCAUGCAAAAACUUGUAUCUAAUGACGUCCUUUUCUAUUCCUGCUUCUUGAUAAAUCAUCUUUUAAUUUAAUUAUUGUUUAUGAAUAUCGUGUUCCUUGAAAUAACUUGGAAUAAUGGAGAAAAAUCCUGCCAAUUCAAAUGAUCAGUCAAUUGACUUCCACAUAACUCCACAUAAAAUAUCUAUCACUUUACUGGGCACUAUUUUAUUUGCCAAUCGAUGUGAACUGCCUCAACGGGAAGUCGGACGGUUUUGUAUCAUCCUGAUGAAAUUAAUCCUUGGUUUAGAGCUCAGUUAUUCGCAUUUAAGAUCAUUUCUGUUUAAAUCAGGAUUCAAAAAAGACUUGCUUCAAGUUUUUGAGGAAAAAAUGGCCAAUCUGGUUAAUGAAGAUGUUGGAGCAAUCAUUGAUUUGGUAGGAAACACUAAGAAUUUUGUAACUGCUGGACGUUCUGGUUUCUCAGCUCAUGGUCUUUGUGAAAUCAACAAAACUUCCAUUUUGGGUCUAUUUUUGAGAAAAAUGUCUGUUUUUAUGGAUCGCUUGGACUUUAUGGGGACGGCUCAAGUUUAUGAGAAUCUUCAAAUAUAUUACAAGGAAGCUCAGAAGAAAGAUAUGGGUGAAACAGCUCAUGGAGAAAUGAGAUAUAAAUUUAAUAAUCCAAGCAAACAGAUAAGCCUUAUCCAAAUAAAUGAGAAACAAGCGCUUUCACCCCUUGAACUCGUAAAACUCAUUCAAAGUUGCUAUCCACCUGGAAGACCUAAUCCAACUCAACUGAAAAAUCUUAAAUCUACUUAUUUUCUACAAUAUUUGAAUUAUCUUCGUCUUAAUGAAUAUUCAGCAGCUCGAGAUUUUCUUAAUGCAUAUUUUGAUGGUUAUAUUGAUCAAGAAUCGAGAUGUUGGGCUGCUCUUAAUCAAGCAAUGUUUUAUCUACAUUUCAAUCGACAUCGCUUAGCCAUGGCAAGUGUUAUGGAAUGUAUAUCAAGUUCACAAGAAGCAAAUGACGAAAGAUGUCUCGAGUUUGCUUUUCUUCUGAUCGCCAAAAUUAUCAUAAAUCGGAAAGAUCCAACUUAUUCUGAUGAAGAUAUUCUUAGAUUUUUACAUCACUUAAAAACUAAAGCAACCAGCUUGGAUUUGCCUCAUCUUUCAGCUAUAGCGUGUCUCCAUCUUGAGGCGCUUGUUGGUCCUACUUAUGAUUUAGAUAGGAUUUAUACAAUUGUUGACGAUUCAGCAAAUCCAGAAAUAUUAGCUGUUAGAUAUUCACUUCCAGAAAUUCUCAUGAUGAGUUAUGCAACACGAAGUGGUCAACAUGCAACCCUUGGAGCAACUCAUUUAACUCUACUUUAUUCACAAGCUUUACUUGAUUUGCAUCUAGUUCAACAUGUUGGCGAUGGUUUAGUCUAUCGUGUUAAUGAAAACACUUGUAUUGCCAUUAGGAAUAUCGCCUUGCAUCUAUGGAGAAACUUGGGACAUUACAAUUUGGCUCGAGAUAUGAUCACUUCAUUGGCCGCAAAUCUUUUUUCGUUUUAUCAAACUAAUACCAACUCAAUAUGGGAGCUUGCCUUAGCAGAAAUCCAAUUCGAACAUUAUUACCUGAAAGAUGAAUGGUCAAAAGCUGAAAAUUAUAUAAAAAAGAUUAGCCUCUAUGAUGAAACUGAAGCAGCACUACGAUCAGCUGAGCUUUAUCUGAAACAAAAAAGGCGUGAUGAAGCUUUUACUAUUUUGUCAGACCUCCAAAAAUCACCAAAAUAUCACCAACUAACCCCUUAUACUCAAACAAGAAUAAUGAUUAUGAAAGGAAAUGUUUUAAAUGACUUUGAAACUCUUUUUGAGGCUUUGGAAAUUGUGCGAAAGUACAAAUAUGGUCUUUUAGAAACAAGAUGUGUUCUUGAAAUUGCUCGACUUGAGUACAAAUUCGGCCAAAAAACCAAAUCUCUGAGUCUUCUUCGUAGCGUCUUUAUUACUGUCUUGGGAUAUGCUACCAGACGUGAAAUUGCCUUCGCACAUUAUUUAGAAGCAUUGAAUUGUCGAUCAUUUGGUGAUCUUGAUUCCGCAUUAGCCUCAAAUGAAACCGCCAUUUCUAUAUAUCGCCAAAUAGAAGACAGAGAAUACUGUCGUAAAGCCUAUUCACUUCAUGCCCAGCUUUAUAAUGAGAAAAAAGAUUAUGAAAAAAGAAACUUUUAUGCUCAACAAGUUAGAAAACUAUUUUCAACGUGAAAUUAUUUUUUUUCUAUACAAAUUUCUGUAAAAUCAAUGUAAAAAAUUAACAGAAUUAAAACUUUCUGUACCUGUAUUUGAA